AUGGGAAACACUGAUUCACUUCCUGUUAUAUCACAAGCAAAAUCACUGGUUUAAGUCAUUGGCCGAGAUGCUGAGGGCAAUAGAAGAACUUAAGAAAAUUUUUCGAACUAUUAAUGGAAUUCCUGUUGUUGGCCAUGUGGAGACAAAGAAGGUGGAGAUUAAGCAAUGAAAUCCGCCUCAAGAACUAUAGGAGUUUUUGCAGUAGGAGUAGGUGGAAUGAUUAUUGGUGGUCCAGUUGGAGCUGUUGCUGGUGGAGCAGAUAUUGAUGUGAUCACUACUGGGGUUGAUCAAUUAGUCCAUGAUGAAUAAAGACCAUCAGGUAUAGUAUAAUAAGUUACUGACAUUGCUGACGGAAAAGGUAAUAAAGCUGGUUAGUUGUUUGACAUGGGUUUUGAAAUUACAAUGGAUGGCAUAGGUGGUCAAGUUAAUGCUAGAUAUGAAGAGCUAGAAAGUUUGAAAAAAUCUGGGAUAGUCAAGAAAAGAGUUGAAAAACUUGAUGGAAAAGUUCCUUAAUCAUCAGGGUAAAAUCCUCAAAUAAAAUCAGAGUUAGCUUAAAUCAGACAACUUGGAACUACCACAUAAAGAAUCAAAAUGUUUAAAUUAAACGCUAGAUUAAAAGAUCGGGAUGGUAUUAAUUUCUCACAAUAGACAAUAUCCUUUGUUGCUACUGAUGGAGAAAUUAAUAUUGGAUAAAUUUUCAAUAGCAUGAAGAAGGAUGGUUGGAGAGGAAAUCCUAUAGAUGUUGUUAAGAUGCCAGAAGUUAAUAGAGCCAACAAUCCAGGCGGUACUUAUGUCUCGCUUGAUAAUAGAAGACUAUAUGCUGCUAGACAGGCUGGAAUAGAACCUCAAGUGAGACUCAGAGAAUUUAAUUAAUGA